AAUAUGCAGACCCGUCUGAUGCGACCGCUUCAUUAUCGGUCGCGACGAGUAAUGUGGAAGUGUACAAGUGAUGAAAAGCUUCGCAACGAGCGAGUUUGAGUGAUCUUUUGGGUCUUUGGUGGGAGAGGACUGGACUCGCUUCACAAUCUCGUUGUUUACGAGGUACUAGUGUAUCCAGGUAAGUUGGUUUAGUGGGGUUGAAGGGAGACGUGCAGUUUUUGAAGGCGAGGUCGGAGACUGGCAGGUUGUGGCGCCAUUUAGUCGUCGCUGACGAGGAUGUUGAGACCGCGUCACUGCAUUAGGGUGGACAACGACUUCUUCUAUUGACAGAAUUCAUGGUGUUUCAAAAGGUUCACUCGUGUGAAUCAACCAGCUGUGGUUGUCACCGCAGGCGGAGUCUCUCGAGUUUUCAAAUUUCCCCGGGAGCGUCUUGGUAAGAGUUUACGGGACGUGUUUCCCGAAAUCAGCGUUCUCGUUGGUGCUUUAAGAGUACUUAGCCAUUUCAAUCACCGAUGCAAGAAUUUUGAGGCGCUAAUCUGCAGACUGGGGCCGUUGAAAUUUUGAUCUCUCGUUGUGCAAAGACCUGGAAAAAUUUCAGUGACAAGUUCGGCUAAUACCUCGUUGUAUUUUCUCUGGGUGGCCGGAGGUGAUUACUCUAGGAUUGGAUUCCUGCUCGAGAGGUUCAUUGUCCAAUCUAGGAGGUCUCUGGACUAUAGACCUCGAUCCCUACUUCAGAUAUGAAGCAUCGAGGGGUUCAUGUCCUUCUCAGUGAUUUUGGACAGUGACUUUUUUUUUUUUUUUUUUUUUUUUUUUUUGUUUGCUGCAAUUGCCAGGCGAACGAUUAGCAGAGACACGUGAGGUGCAUGUUAGAGACGUCCGACCUAGCCUGUUUGCGCAAGGAUGCCGAUACGAAUUGUCUAAGAAACGUGGAGUGAUAGUGCUUCGGAACUCAGAUAGUUAGCUUUUGAGGGGGUGUGUUGCUUAAACCUAGAUAGCUUCGUCACGCUAUGGAUGUCCCGAAGAUGUCUGCGAAGAAACACCGAGCUCAAAGUUCGAAGAGGAGACUCAUCCUGAAGUGCUUCAUUGCGAUUAUUGUAGUACUCUUUAUGACAUACAUCAGUCCCGGUCCCGGCAAGUUUCAGACAGAGUCUCAACUUCAGAACCCUCAGAAGUUGAUGGAGGCUCACUCUUUACCUCAAGUGGCUCAAUCCUUGCCUCAAGAGGCUCAUUCCUUGCCUCAAGAGACUCAUUCCUUACCUCAUGUGUCUUAUUCCAUACCUGUAGAGACUCACUCCUUACCUGUAGAGACUCACUCCUUACCUGUGGACACUCACUCCUUACCUGUGGACACUCACUCCUUUCCUGUAGAUACUCACUCCUUACCUGUGGACACUCACUCCUUACCUGUGGACACUCACUCCUUUCCUGUAGAUACUCACUCCUUACCUAAUGUGCCACAAUUGAGGGAUGUCUGUGACGGUAGGAGAGUGCAUAUGUACGACAUGCCGAAGGAGUUCAAUACCAAAUUGCUAGAAUUGUGCGAUGGCGAGUUGGUGGAUUGGAUUCAUUUUUGCAAGCAUUGCAAGAACUUUGGAUUCGGGGAGAAGGUGAAUACGACAAAUGAAAUAUUCCAAAAAGACUGGUACGGCACGGAUGCGUACAUGUUGGAGGUCAUCUUCUUUAAGAGGAUGCGACACUACCCGUGCUUGACCACCUCACCGGAUAACGCAGACAUCUUCUUCAUCCCGUACUUCGCUGGGCUUGAUGCCUUGCCAUAUCUGUACAACUCGACGAAGAGGUUUGACAAGCAAGGAUACGAGGUUCUGGCAUGGCUGCGUAGCAAGGCCGCUAAAUCUUGGGCUCGUUACGGUGGUGUGGACCAUUUCAUGAUUGCGGGGAGAACGGGUUGGGACUUCGGCACUCCGUCUGCGGAUGGCUGGGGCACUUGGCUAUUCGGUCUUCCCGGAUUUGAGAAUAUUACAUUUAUGGAGUUGGAGCGUCGGCCAUGGCGGUCCCAGGAGCAAGCCAUUCCUUAUCCAGUGGGAUACCACCCCUCCUCUGCCGCGAGCUUAGAACGUUGGAUAGAGAGGGUGCGCAGCUCCGUUCGCACCGCACUGUUUUCGUUCUCCGGUGCAUUGAGGCCGAAUUUGUCAAUUCGAGGAAUGCUGUCAAACGAAUGCGUUAAUGCUACCACCGAAUGUGCGAGACUGGACUGUGCAAAGAUUAGUUGCAGCCACAACCCGGUGCCAAUCUACGAGAGCCUUCUCACAGCGGAUUUCUGCUUGCAACCUCGCGGCGAUACAGCAACGCGCCGAUCAACUAUUGACUCCAUCGUCUCGGGUUGCAUCCCCGUCCUCUUUCACGAGGAUUCGGCUGAGAAGCAAUACAUUUGGCACUUACCCGAAGAUUAUAAAAAUUUCUCCGUCUUCAUACACGAGGAUUGUGUGACCAGUGGAAAGUGCGUCGUCCGAGAUAUCCUGAAGAGGAUACCCCAGUCCGAAGUGCUUAAGAAGCGUGAGAAGCUUAUCUCCAUGAUCCCCAGCGUGGUGUAUAGGCAUCCUCUGGCCUCCGACUUUCUGCAGAAAGAUGCAUUCGACUUGGCCAUCGAUGGGAUGCUUCGCAAGGCGGCUGAGCUCAAGGAAUCUUCUCAAAAUUCGAUUGUGUGAAGAUUCGCUUGAGUGAUUCUAGUUCUCCGUGGAACUGGGCAAAGUUUUGACCUCGAACCCAUUUUUUCACGUUAGUUCUUCUGAGCACGUUAGUGAGAUUCCUUUCCCUUCUGUUAGAUUGAGGUGAGCGAUCCCCACUUUCCCCCACCGUGGCUCAUAGCAUUAGAUUGAGAAGCGGGAUGUGAGGAUUUGAGAGUGAGGAUUUGCUUCCAGCUCAUACUAUGGUUGCUUAUUGAAUGCCCUCUCACUCCCUGGGAGUGUCCACACAUUGGUAGUAAUGUAGAGUCGGUAUUCUCCACGACCACUUUUAGUACACAUGCGCCACUCUUUUGUGGGGGAUCUCUACCUGAGGAUAUAAGGUUUAAUUUCCCCAUUAAGUUUUAUGGCGAUAUUAUCACUUAGGUGUCUGGUCUGUGGACUUUUAAGUACAGUAGAUCCAAGCAGCUUUCUGCGCUGCGUGUUCAGUAGAAUUGUGGUGUAACAGAAAAUCUGAAGAACCCUCUCUUUUGAGUUUCAAUGUUCGUAUGUCAGACUUUGGAUGGAGAUGUUGCAACUCGAACUGUUGUUGCACAGAUGUACAGUGCACAGCACAGCAGUCGGUUUCAAAGUGGCCAACUGAUACGAAUGGAAUACACGAUAUUCAUUGUAAGACUAAACGAUUUUUUUAUUACGGAAUCACACAAUGAAACGGAGUUUGAUAUCCCCCA